AUGGCCCAGACGGCGGGCGGCGCGGUAUCGUCCCAAGCUACCGGCCGCGCGAAUUACCUAUCUUCCGAGGUAAAUUUAUGAUUAUUAUUUUUUUAAAAUCUACCGUUCUCAAAAAAAUCGACCUUUUUUUCUUUAGAUGAAAUGUCAAUGCAAACGCAAGUCAGAGCUUUUCAAAGUCCAUGAUCGCACUUGGAAUAGCUCAACCGACCCAAAACGACUUGCGCGCGAUGGCAUCAGAAAGCCUUAAAGAGAGCUAAUUAAUGUCAAAAUGACCUAAACUGAGCCAUUCCAAAUGCGACCAAACCCUUUUGGAAGGUAAAAAGACCUUCAAAAUUUUUCAUCAGAUAAAAAAAAAAAAUCUAGUAUACUAGAUAACUUUAUAGAAGUCUCCUCAAAACUAAUCCAACUCAAAAAAACGAAAAAAGUUCCAUUUAUCCAACAUCUCGUCAACUUUCAUUAAGCUUUCAUGUUUGCCGAGGAAAAACGAGCUCCAAUCGGCCAUCCGUUUCGCUUUUAUUCUUUUUUUGGGUAAGGGGCUAUGAAUGAAUCAUUACCUCUUUUGUGUGGGCUGAUUGGUGAAAUGGAGCUUUUUUUUGAAUAAAUUAAUAAAUUAUGGAUAACGGUGGGAAGUGAGGGAGAGGGAAUUUUUUGGAUAACAAGUUCAAAAAAAAGGUUGCUGGCACGAUUAGUGAGAUAGUGAGCAAAUUGAGAGAGUUUGAGUAAAUUUUUUAAAAUAAUUAAGUAAAAAUGAUCAAGAUGCUUGAGGGUUUUUUGUAUUUAAUUUUUGAAGAGACUGAAUUUUGCUCAAAAUUUCGAGUUCUUAUUAUUAUUUUUUUCGCUUCUUAAUGGUAACUCUGAAGAAUUAUGUCUUCCAUUCCGUUAUUUUAUUAGGAAAGCUUGAAAAAAUGAAAAUUCUCCGGAAAGAAAAGUUGAGCUUUGAGCCCUUCGCGCCCGUACGAAGUUCAUUGGCCCAUUGGGAGAAAUUUCGAACUUUUUGGGGUCCUUUUUCUUCUUCUUUGCAAGCCAGAACACUUUGGAAGCCGAAUUCCCAAUCGAAAUUGGAAGAAUACCUUCAGAAGGCCCGCGAAUCCAACGACGAAGAGGCGAUCGACGUCACGACGUCGUACAGAUGGCGCGACGUCUUCGUUCGCGUCGCGCAGCCGAUGCUCGCCGUCGUCCUGCUCUUCAGAUUCUCGCACGUCAUCGACGAGGUCGGCGUCGGUCAGUUUUCCAGGCUUCAACUGAAACUGAUUGAAAUCUGUAUGGAACUUGAGGUUGGAAGAGAAAAAAAGCUUGUUAGUUGAAACUUAUGUUGAAAUGUGUCGCAGGUCGCCUGGGAAUGUGCAGUGAUCUAAAGAGGGAUUAUCUCCACUUCAGGGAUCACUAAACAUAAAAAUCGUUCGAACAACAUUAUAUUUGAAAGUUCAGAUUGUUAAAAGUCCAUAGUCUGUUCAGAUUUUGCAUGAAAAGUACAACGACGUCAUUCAAAAACGCUCUGUGGAUGGCUCGCUCUCUGAUUGGUUUAUCGCACCAUUAUGGGCGGAGCUUGAGCGACGACUUGACAUUCGAAAUCUGAACAGACUAUGUCGAGUAUAGUCCGUUCUUCGCGACUUCUCUGCGCCCUCCCUAUCUCUCCACCUCUCUCUCAUGUUUACGUGCUAUUUUCAUGUUUCUCUGACCUAGCCGGUGAGGGAGCAGAGAGACGCAGACACGCGAAAGUCGCGGUGGACGGACUAUAUUGGACUUUUUUAAGUUCUCAAAUUGGUACAUUUCCAGCCGUCGCCACAUUGAUAGUGCUUUUAUCCUUCACAAUCGCACUGGUAACGGGUUGGACGACAUGUAUUACUGCUAGUAAGCAUCAUUCGGAGCACGGAUUUCUGAGAACGGUUAGUGAGAAUCCGCUUUUUGUAUGGGAUCCUUAUAAGGAAUCAGCUCAAAAUGGUCGUUUUUUCUGGACCUGUACCUACCAAGAAAUCGAAAAGAAACAGUAUAGUCGAUUUAUGGCUAACUUGAGACGCUGAGGGGGCGUGGCCUGUCUGGGCUCUCCACCAGACAGGCACAAUCUAUUUUCUGAUCGUGUCAGGACCCAUUUUUCGAUGGCUCAAGCCAGCCGUGAAUCAGCUAUACAGUGUUUAAACUAUAAAUAUUCCAUCGAGCAAGCCGGCAAUGCUUUAACGACCUUCUUUUUUCCACUUUCGAGCAGUUUGAUUUUUGAAAUCCCCCACUCCUUUUGAAAAAUUGAUAUUUUUUUUUUGAAAAUGACUUCUAGAUGGUCGCCGCGACCAGCACGGAAGUCGGCAUAUCUCUAAGCGUCCUCUUCGUCUUCUGCUGCUGUAUGGCGAUCAGCGCCUUCAUUUCCGCGGCGUCAGAAGCCGUCAUGCACAUUUUAUCAAUGUUCUCCUUCGAGCCAAUCGAUGGGGCUAAUCAUGAUUUGCGGCUGAUCAGCGCAGGUUCAUUUCUGGUUGCUUGAAUUUUUGGAAUAAAUUUUCAGUACUGUGCCUGAUAAUCCUGGGGCUCUCUACACUUCGAAUGAGGCAUUCCGGGACGGUUCGAACCUUCGUUUUCGCCCUGACGUUUCUUGCGAUUUUCCUAUACCUUUCUGGAGCUUUAUUUCACUACGGCGAUUAUGUACUGAGGAAGGUUCCGGAAGGUAAGACAUAGAAAAAAAAAACUAUAUAGGUAUAGUAAAUACUGAAAGUUCGGAGUGGCCAAUUUUAGGCACGAAAAACUUGGGACUGCCAAUUUUUAGCUUGAAAAAAUUUGGGACUGCCAAUUUUUGGCACGAAAAAGCUUGGAACUGCCAAUUUAUAGCACGAAAAAGCUUGGGACUUCCAAUUUAUAGCACGAAAAAACUUGAGACGGCCAAUUUUUGAUUCGAAAAGUCUUGGGACUGCCAAUUUAUAGCUCGAAAACACUUGAAACUGCCAAUUUUUAGCUCGAAAAACUUGGGACUGCUAAUUUUUAGCUCGGAAAAUUUGGGACUGCCUUAUUUCAUAUCUUCGUGAUUCCAACUUCCUUUUAAAAGCCAUUCCAAAUGCGUCCACAUUAUUUACCCAAAUUUCAGUGAAUCAACUGAUCUCAUCACCAUCCCUGAACGACAGCGGAAACCUCUUCGCCGUCCUAUUUCCUAGCGCUAUUUGCACACUCUCACUCCUCUCGAUGAACCGAAAAAUCCAGGUUUUUAUUUACAAUUUUCCCAUAGAAAGUGAUCACUUAAGGGCUCAGCUCCUCGUGGCUGCCUUCUUGCCGUUCUCGUGGGCGUGAUAACCUACGUGGUGGCGGCGCUGUCAGAAAAAAUCGAAGUAUUUUCGAUUGGACCAGCAAGGCACAACGCUACUCUGGAAGGAGUUUGGGUAAGGGUUUUGAAGCGAUUUAAAGGAUUACGGUAGCUCACAGUAGCUUUUCAUGGUCGUAAUCUCAUUGUAACCCAUCAUUCCAGGCUUUCUACUACUACACGACGGUUCCCAUCGCCCUGGGUGUCAUUUUAGGCGGAGCCCUUUCCGCCCUUACUUUCCUUCACUACGCUUCGAGAAUCGUCCAGGUACUGUAACAAAACACUACAUUAUCCUUUAACCAUUUGAAAAUUACAGUCCCUCGGUCGCUGCCAACAUUUCGGCCGGUUACUGUGCCUUUCCCGGGGUUACGGUCACGACGAUAUUCCUUUUAGAGCACUUUUGAGUGUUACUUGCAUUUCUGUGCUGAUUUCCAUGAUUGGUGAGGUUGUAUUUCAAUUAAAACAGUUUAAAAAAGAAGGAUUCAAUAUAUUUGAAACGAAAAAUCAAGAAAAGUCCAUCAGACAAGUUCUUUUUCUUGUUCACAUUCCAUUCCUUACCGCUAAAUAAAUGCUACAUCUACCUGAUUUUCCCGAACUUUCGCCGUUACCUUCAAAGAAAAAAAUCUCUUUCUGUUAUUAAUUUGUUCAAGACCGCUUAAAAAAAGUUACACACAAAUCGAAAAUUAGAUAAGAAUAAUCCAUGACUUUUCACUUCGAAAAUUUCGAAAAAUUCAAUAAAUCUUAUGAAAAGUUUCAGGUAGUUACGAUGUUCUGUGUAUUCCUACAAGUUGUUUCUUCUUGGUCGUUUACGCUUUGUUCAAUUUCUACGCUUUCAGAGCCAAAUCCAAGGAUUCAGGUGAUCUUUGCGGGAUUUCAUAAUAGCUAGAAGCUUUUUUUUUCGAGUUUGUAUGUUCAAAACCUUUGAAAAGUUGCACUUGGAACGCUUGGACAAAGUCUCGGCGAAUAUUCACGGAUUGCUUGUCCUGUCUGCGCUCUCCGGAAGCCAGGCGCUAUCUCCUUUUUUUCGUGUCAGGACCCAUUUUUCGAUGACUCAAGCCAGCCGGGAGUCAACUAUAAUGUCAAAAUUAAGAUGACCGUCUUUAAACGACUGAAUCUCUUGAAAAAGAAAAUCGAGUUUUAAAAGCUCCUUGAAACAUACUCAGAGCUUGUAAAAAAAUCAUUUCAUGACUCAUUUAUUUGAAGGCAGAGUCGGAAAAGGUUCCAUAUAAAUGUUCCUUUUUUGCUGCCUUUUUGCGCCAUUUCAUCGGCCCUUAUGCACCAUUUUUGCUGCCUCUCCCUUUUACACCAUCUCUUGAGUCCCAGCAAAAAUGGAGGUUCGAUAAAGGGACUCUUUUUGCACCCAUUCUGCCUCCUUUUUUGAGCCUCUCCCUUUUAUUGGCUGUUAUCCAGCCUUCCGAGAUCCAAUAACAACUUCCAGAAUCCCCACUACCACCACCAAUCGUCUCUCUACUGACCUCAGCCGGAUGUAUCCUCCUAAGUCUUCAUAUUUCUCGUUGGGUCACAACUUUGCCCGUUUUCAUCUUCAUUCUCGCCUACAGCUACCUGUUGUAUGCGUAUCGAGGUUGCUUUUUUUUUAAAAUAUAGAUAUAUUCUCAAAAUUCAGAAAGAAAGGAGGGAGAUUUUGAGAAGCGUUCCAACUUCGUGCCAACUCUUCAAGGAGUCUACGAAUUGAGUGAAGAGCCGGAAAGUGAACGACGGUACAGGCCUCAGGUUUGAAGCCUAGUCAAAAUUGGGUAGAACUGCGAAAAGCCUAGCUUUUUCAGAUUCUACUUCUGACUGGGAAUCCAGCGGCUCGGCCAGGACUUGUCGACUUCACUCAUAGCAUAACAAAAGGGGAAACUUUGCUCAUCUGUGGUUAUGUUGUACAGGUAGGUUAGCCCAGAAAUGGUUCGAUGAAAGAUCUCAGAAAGGAAUUGAGAGUUUGAAAAGUUCUACCUAGGCUAACCAAGUCUGAAACGGCCUAAGCAAAUCGGCUGAUCUUAGAAGUUCUCACUCGAAAUAUUUUUCCAAUAUCUAGAAAUUCUAGCCUUGCCAAGGUCCUAAAAACGUCUAGGAGCCAUUCUUAACCGUCAAGCUGAUUCAUUUCCACUGAAAUUUCAAAAUAAGGUCUUCUACUUGAAUAACGAGCUUUUUCCAAAACCAGCAUUUCCAGCAACCCCCUGGAACUCGAAGCUACUUGCUAACCCAGAAGCUGGAGAAGCAGAUGAGCGAAUGGUUCAUCCGUCGGGAAAUCGCCGCCUUUGGCGCCACCAUCUGCAGUCCGGGACAAGCCGACGGCGUGGCUACACUGCUACAGACCGUCGGCCUUGGUCGGAUCCGGCCAAAUGUUCUGAUGUUGGGCUUCAAGAGGAACUGGGAAACGGGUCUCGAUAAAUUGGCACAGAACAACGAGUACUACAGCAUGCUGACGUGAGUGAUCUUCAGGACCUUGUUGAAGUUAUACUGUAAAUACUUCUCCGUUUGGAAAAAGAGAGUUUUUAAUGUACACCCGGUGAAUCGCUAGAUUGCGUCAUCAAAAACAGUGUUCAAUCCCUAUGGUCGCAUUUGGAAUGGGUCAAAAAGUUGCGGCGAAUUCAAUUUUGAAAAAUUAUGCCUCCUUCGGCACAACUAUAAACAGUCUGAUAUAUGAGAGCUUGAGACUGCCAAUUUUAAAUUCGAAAAAUUGUCUGAUUUCUUUUUACUCUCUAUUCUCUAGUUCAUGCGUCUAUAACCUCGCCAGUGAGAGAAAAGAGAGCACAGACAGGUCAUACUGUCUCAAGUCGUAGCAAAAAAAAGUACAGAAGCAUUUUUAAACUUAUCUGUGACAAAAUUUGGUUAUUUCGAUAAUUUUAUCACUAAUUUUUCAGAAACGCGUUUGAAAAACAAGUCGGACUAGCGAUAUUUCGCAAUCAAAACUCUGGUUUUGACCUAUCUGCAGCGAUUCGAAAAACUUCGGAUGGUGAGAUAGUCCAAGGUGAUAAGGAAAUCGCAGAAUUUGUUGAAAGGUUGGAAGGGUUAAUUUUUUUGACGUCGAUAAAAAUUUUCAGCACAAACGUCUCCUUGAACGAGGAACCGAUCAAAAAAGGUCUUUUUUCUUAAUUUUUUUUUCAUUCAGCGAAUUAUCCGCAAUAACGCUUUGCUAACCGGUCAUUCUAAUGAAAAAAAGAAUAUGAAAAAUUCAAAAAAAUUAAUACCUUUCAAAUUGAAUUUUCUAACUUUGGUGAAUGAUUCGGUGAAUUCAAAGCGUGUUCACGCCUACCAAGAACAAAAUAAACGAUCCAAAAGCGUCAAUAAUCACAGUGUUCCCAAACGAGCGGCAGCUGUGGUCAGUAGGCGUGGCUGACUGCAACAGCGGCACGGUUUAUUGCAAUAGGGGCGCGAGAAUGAGAGUCAAGUUUUGUGGAUUUAGUGGUGGGAAAAAGACCAUUAAAUGAUGUUUUUCCUAGGUUCUCGCAAGUUUUCGAAGAUUUUUUUAAUGUGUAUAUAAUUAUAACGAACAAAUUUAAAUGAAGAAAGAGACGAAAAAAAGUUUUUUUGCAAAAACAAAAUAUCUCCCAAAAAUGUCGUUUUUUUAGGAAAACUCGUCAAAUCGAACUUCCAAAGGGAAAAUUGAGAAAAAAAGCUCAAAGCACUUCUCUUAAGAAAUACCAUUUGAACGUUUUUAAAACAGAAACAAAUACAUAAUAGCUUGUACGAAUAAAGUUGUCACCCAAAAUGACAUUUUCAAGAAUAAAUUCGUCGAAUACUGCCUCGAAAAAAAAUUUUUGAGAAAAGUCUCACAGCGUUUCUCUUAAGGAAGUCCAUUUGAAAAUUCUAAAAGAAAAAAACAAACGAAAUAUCUUAUGCGAAAUAAGUUGUCAUCAAAAAUGUCAUUUUAAUGCGAAUUUCUGUGACGAAAACAAUCGAAAAUAACUUCAAAUCUCUGGAAAACGCGAUAAACACGUUUUAAAACACAUACAAUGUGAAAAAAAUACAAAAUAAUGGUAAAAUACGCAAGAAAAAGAGAAAAAACAGUAAUAAAAGUGAAUGAAAUUUUGUGGGGGCGACACGCGCCGCACCGCGUUGCGUUAGAAAAAACUCGCGUUUUCGCCCCAUUGCGACGACCUUUUUUUUCGCUUGCCGCCGUCUCUUUUGGAACACUGUGAUAAUUCAUAUGAAAGCCCUUACUUUACGGGCAAAGUCAAAAAAUUCUUGAAAAGAAAACUAAAUUUUCAAAUUCUUUUGAAAAAAAAGACCUCAAAGGCACUUUUUUCUUUACCUUUUCCUGAAAAGGAUCUUUUCAAAAGAAAAAAAAAUGAAAAUGAAAAAAGGAGAUUCUGAGAAACUUUUGACGCCUUUCCAGGAACUCAGAGAGGAGCUUUAGACUUUUCUUUUUAAGGCCUUUUUGAGCUCGAUUGGACUUUGCCUGUAUUAAUAUUGUCUUAAGCCAGCGUUAAAUGAACUAUAAAAACCAAACAAUUUAGGACAACGAGCAAAACUUUUCAACAGCGUACAAGGGGCUCUCAGAAAAGUCAGCCGCGUUGGAAUGGGUCGAACGGUCCAGGUAUUUCCUACAAUUAGUUCAAAAUUUCAGACCCUAUCAAGGCAAAAAAGAAGCUUAAGCUAUCUCUCUCGGAAACGCCCCAGACGUUCUGAGCAUUCCAAGUAGUCACUUAAAAGUUCUGGCAACGCUAUAGGGAUCACUAGAAAUGCUCAGAAAGGUCCGGUAAGCGUCCGGUUUGCAUUACGGAAAUCUAAGUUGAACAGAAAUUCGCCCUAACUGAUAUUUUGCUUUCCAUCCAAAAUAAAUUGUCUUUUCAUUUUUCCAAAAUAGUCUCCAUCGUCGAAUGAGACUAAAAUGUACUAUAAUAGCUUCACUAAAUUUCAAGUUUUUCGCAGUCCAUAAGCUCUUGUUACAUUCUAGAAUUACUUUAUUUUUAAGGUAAAUUCUUUUUUUAUAAAAUAAAUCUUCAGGACCCAGAAAUCGGCGUCAAAGUCAACCCAACAGUUACUACCGAAGCAGAUAAGAACAGAUUCGAGGUCAUCCCCAAAUACAGGUUCUUGGUGACUAUAUUAACAGUCUACUAUUUUUUUUUUCUGAAUCUCAGUAUCUCUGCGCCGGAUCAAAAGCACAUCAAUGACCAGAUGCAUCGGUUCAGGAAAAGUGUACCACACGGAAGAAUCGGUGUGUUACUUUUGGGCCCCUUGAAGGGCUACUUGGAAAUGCCCCUAGAAAGAUCAUUGGAAAAAAAAAUUGGAAUUUUAAGUUCAGAUAAAUAUCAGGUUGUGUAAUAAUUCUUGUCCGAAAAUGUGUUGAAUGAAAGAAUGAAAGUAUUCCCAGAAUAAAAACCACUUAAACCGCCCCUUAGAAAAGUCACUAAAGAAACCCCCAUGAAAAGUCCUCAAGCUAUCUUCCGACAAUGGAAACCUUAUUCAGCCAAAAACGCAGAGUUCAGAAAAAUGAAGCGUUCACUUUAGCAUCCAGCUCAAAACCCUAAAGUGACCGCUAAAAUUAUUUUCAAUCCUUCAUUUCUGCUUUUCAAUCUGAAAUCAGCAAAACCUUGAUAUAGACGAAGGGAUCACUCAAGAGGCGGAGGAUUUUUUAAAAAUCAAGCCAAAAACGCAGAGAAAAACGAAGCGGUCCCUUGAAAAGUCAGCCCAAAACCCUAUAGCAACCCCUCAAAAUAUCUUCCUUACUUCAUUUCACCUUUUCAGACUCAUCUAUCUGAAAUCAGCAAAACCCUAAUAUAGACGAAGUGAUCACUUAAGAGGCGAGGAUUUUAAAAAUCGUUAAGUCGGAACCACUUUCCAAAAGAAACCUCUAAAGUGACCACUUCCUAAUUCUUAUAAUAUAAUUUUCGAAAUCCUAUUUUUCAAGUGAUCAUUCAAGCUUCUGAGAUUCCUUGAAAUCUCCAAAAGAAUGAGAAGUUUCCCUCAAGUGAAAACUUAAUGGAGCUCAAAAGAUCCAUUUUCAGACGUUUGGUGGCUACGAGAAGCUGGCGGCCUCACAAUGCUUCUUCCUCAUUUACUGACCCAAAAUAACAGUUAUUUAGAGGUGAAUUUCGUUUUUUUAUAUGAACUAAAAAAAUAUACAUAAUAUAAAAAAACGGAAAUUUUUUUUCAGGGCGCUCAAAUUCGCGUUUUCACCAAGGGCAGUGUACAGGAAAGCAAGGUUUGCACAAAAAAAAUUAUUUUUUUAAAGGAUGACGUCAUUAGGAAUAUCAGUGAUUUCAUUUUUAAACUUCAUAUUGUCAUAUUUUUAAUAAAUCGAAAAUCUUUAGUUCGAAAAAUAAUUUUUUUUUUUCACGCUACUUUUCGCAAAUACCAAACAUUUUUGAGCUUAUGCUGUAAGCGAAAAUGAAAAUAACAUAUGACGUCAUUAAUUCAAGCAUAGCAUAGAUACAGUAGCCUACAGUAAGACUCUAGGUAAACGAAGAACAGAAACGGAUGACGAGUUUACUGCGAAAAUUCAACAUCGACUCCUCGGACCUCCACAUUUUACCAGACUUCAAACAGCCACCAUCGGCCGCGACGUGAGUACAAUAAUCCUACAGUAAUCCAAUAGAAAAUUACAGUCUCAACAUGUUCAAUCAGUUCCUAGAGCCGUUCAAAGUGCGCCGAGGCGAGGAAAAAUCGCCGGGACAAGUUGAUGAGGUGGGAAACUUUGAAUUUGUGGGAUCUAGCUUAUAAACAUAAUUUUUAAAUAAUUAAAAAAAUUAUUAUCCCGAUCGAUCCCUGAAGCUAGUUUCCACAGUGGAGUUUGCUUUUAUAAAAAAAUUCGAAAAGUGAAAAAAAUAAAUCAUAAAAAAACCUCUAAUUUUUGAAUUGAUCGGUAGAGUUGAGUCCGUAAAUGAAAAAAAUCCAAUCUUCGACUCGAAUUUCUGAAAAAAACGGAAACAUAUUUCGGACUAGUAGGAGCAGAAUUCCCGAAGUUAUCAGCCAAAUAUUCCAAACAAAACAGUGAAAAAAAUUUUUUUGAUCUUUAAUGAAUUUUUUUCGAAGGGAUCUUCCAGAAAAAAAUAUCUAAAAAAACAAAUAAAAUAAUAAUUAACCUGUAUUUUUUUGAUUGAUUACUGAACUUGAAACUUAAAAUGAAGGAAUCAUGAAUUCAAUUCAUACUUGUGAAAAAAAAUUAUGGACUUAUCAAAAAAAUGAAAAAAAUGGUUUUUGCGAGGAAAAGGCAUAUAAACCAUCCUGUACAUACAACUAAUAAUAAGAAAAAAAAUUAUCAAUUCAAAUAUACAUGAAAAACGGAAUAAAGUGUUUUUGAAAAGGAAAAAAAAAAUUUGAAAAUUUUUAAAAAACAAAGUUCAACUGACUCCGUCGGUGUGUUUGCGGGUUUUUAAAAUACAGUAAGACAACCGGAAUGAAAUUUUGUUUUUUUCAAGUUUUUCUCGACUUUUUCAGAUUCACUCUCAAAUUUUGAGUGCUAAAGCAAGAGUUUGAUAAAUUACUUUUGAAUUUUUUCCAGGACGACCUGUUUAACUUCCGAGAAAAGACCAAAGAUUACUUGAGAGCCGUCGAACUGAUGGCCGAGCACAGCCAAACCUCCGAUUUGGUUGUUGUGUAAGUCAAAUUUUCUUUACGUUUCAAAAAUUCUUAUUACAGGACUCUCCCGUCGGCUCGACCAGAAAUUCCCUCGUCCUUAUACCUCGCCUGGACCGAAAUGCUCUCCAGAAGAUCAACUCCAACACUUCUUGUCCGUGGAAACCAGCUCAACCCAAGUUCGAUGAACUACAAAUGA